AUGGCUGACGACGACAAUGUUCCAGUCACUGACGAAGCUGUACCAGCUCCAGUUCAACCGAAGGUCUACCAAUUGACCGAAGAAGCCUUGCAAAGCAUCAUUCAUUCGCGGGACGGGCCCUCAACAGCUCCAGCUCUAAGUCACACGUUCAAGCGGACAGAAAAAGCGGUAUCACUGUUGUCGGCUAGGAACGAACUUCUAAUCGAGGCGGAUGAGGAUGUAUCGGUGUUUGCCUUCUACGAUCAGCAAAAGAAGGCAGAGAAAACCAAGGAUCCUAUUCUGUGCAGGUGGAUCAAAAAGAAGGAAUCGGAGACCAAAACGAAAUCGAUCGCUUGGAAGUCGAGCCGGUUCGACCCGGUUCAAAGGUCGCCAACUCCCUUUCGAUUUCAGAGGGCGGCAUGGGCCCCCGUUCCUCCCCAGUUCGUGCCCCAAACACGCUCCUACACCCAAAUGGAAGUCCAAGGCACUUCCAACGGUUCCAGGAUGGAAGUGCGUCCUUCGAUCAGAGGUGCUCUGCCCAGAGAUAUGUGCUAUGGAUGUGGACGUUUCGGACAUUUCGCAUCGGACUGCAAGUUCAACAGGAGAAGCAAG